GCGUGAUCAUUCUUACACUGAACAUUGUUGUUACUGCUGUGCCUUGCGCUCGCAUCUCGUGCUCUAUAUAAUUUCAUCGCCGCGCCGACCCCCUUCGUUACCCCGGUUUCCGUCGUCGUCUCACGAUGCCUGACAUCAAACGCCAGAUCAAGCUCGUGACCGAGCAGCAUGUCCUACCCGACGUCCCCUCAGAGGUCGAGGGAUUCCCCAUGCGCGAAUGGAGCAUCGAAAUCUACGUAGUCGGACCCAACGACGAGCAACUACCCGCCACCUGUUUUGAGAAGGUCACAUACCGCCUGCACGAGUCUUUCGGCAAGCGCGCCAACCAAUCCCUCAAGCAACCCCCCUUCAGGAUCCAAGAGCAAGGAUGGGGUGAAUUCGACAUGUCUAUCGUCCUCCAGCCCUUCUCGCAACCAAAGGGCGAGCAGACUGUCUUCCACGACUUGAACUUCCAGCAAGAGCGCUACGAGAACCUGCAGCAGUUUACUUUCCGCAAUCCUAAGCCCGAGCUUGUCGAGAGACUGAGAGAGUCUGGCCCUGUUGGUGAUGCCAACGGUGCCGCUAAGCCCGAGAAGAGAAAGAAGGCAUCCAAGACUCAAGUCGACAUGGAGAAGUUGGCAGAGGGUCUGGAGCGACUCGGCGAAGACGACCUCUUGCACGUUGUCCAAUUGGUACACGACAACAAGACCGAGGAUACCUACACUAAGAACGACGUUGAGAACGGCGAGUUCCACGUGGACCUAUACACUCUUCCGGAUCAGCUCAUCAAGAUGCUCUGGGACUUCGUCAACCAGAAAGUCAACAUCUCAGAAUUUUGAUCAUCUCAGCAAUCUAAUUAGCUACCACACUUGCUUUGCUUCAUCCGAAUCAAGGAACCCCUUUCGAAGAGCACGACCUUUCAGCCCAAACCACACAUGCGUGUGAACAUCUAUCGGCCGCAUGGACUAUGACGCCGAGAUAGGAGAUGAUAAAGGUGCAGAGGCAAGGGACUGAAGGGCGUUUGACGACAAAAUAAUCGAUACCCGCCGGAAACAACGAUAUGGCUUUUUUAUUACUUCUCAUCUAGGUAG